AUGACUUCUGAUCAGGACGCUAAGGUUGUGGCUGAACCGCAGGGCCAGCGAGUCCAGGAAGGGAAAGACAGCGAUCAUCUGAUGAAUGGUCCCAUAUCUCAAACCACUUCUCAGACAAGCUCCAUCCCAGCUUUGAGUCAGGUACCGACAGCCAAGGUUUCGGAACUAAACCCCAAUGCAAAAGUAUGGGGGACACCUGUGUUACAUUUGGAGGCAGGUAGUGCGUCAGACAGUGGUGUGAAUGCAGCCUGGGAGGACACCCCUUGCCAGCGCCCUGACUACAGCCAGGAGGAAUUGGAUGCCAAUGGAGAUGGUGACAAAAGUCAUGAAAAUGCAGCACUGUCAGAGUUGCAGGAGUUGGACCAAACAGCCAUGAAUACUUUGGCUCUGGAUCACUCUGAAUAUGAGUCUCUGCCUGAAAACAGUGAAACAGGAGGAAGUGAGUCUCAAUCAGAAAGCCAGGAAGACCCCCGAGAAGUACUUAAAAAAACAUUGGAAUUCUGCUUAUCCAGGGAGAAUCUUGCUAGUGACAUGUACCUUAUAUCGCAGAUGGAUAGUGAUCAGUACGUGCCAAUCACCACAGUGGCUAAUCUGGACCACAUCAAGAAGCUCAGCACCGACCUGGACUUGAUUGUUGAAGUGCUGAGAUCUUUACCUUUAGUUCAAGUGGAUGAGAAGGGAGAAAAAGUAAGGCCAAAUCAAAAUCGUUGCAUAGUAAUAUUACGUGAAAUUUCUGAAUCCACCCCUAUAGAAGAAGUAGAAGCACUAUUUAAAGGAGAUAAUUUACCAAAAUUUAUAAACUGUGAAUUUGCCUAUAAUGAUAAUUGGUUUAUUACAUUUGAAACAGAAGCUGAUGCCCAACAGGCUUACAAAUACCUGCGAGAAGAAGUCAAAACUUUUCAAGGAAAACCAAUUAAGGCACGGAUAAAAGCAAAGGCAAUAGCUAUAAACACAUUUUUGCCAAAGAAUGGAUUCAGGCCCCUGGAUGUGAGCCUUUACACGCAGCACCGAUACGCAGCAUCCUUUUACUUGCCUCCCAUCUACAGCCCCCAGCAGCAGUUCCCUCUCUAUAGCCUGAUUACUCCCCAGACGUGGUCAGCAACACACAGCUAUCUCGAUCCUCCCUUGGUAACUCCAUUUCCAAAUACUGGAUUUAUAAAUGGAUUUACGUCUCCAACCUUCAAACCUGCCGCAACUCCUCUGGCUUCACUCAGACAAUACCCUCCAAGAAGCAGGAAUCCUAGUAAAUCCCAUCUGCGCCACGCCAUUCCUAGUGCAGAGAGAGGACCUGGGCUGUUAGAAAGUCCAUCAAUAUUUAACUUCACCGCGGAUCGGUUAAUUAAUGGUGUGCGGAGCCCACAAGCAAGGCAGACAGGCCAACCUAGAACCCGCAUACAGAACCCUCCAGCUUUUGCCAAGAGAGAUGCAGGAACCGGGCGGGUAGAGCAGAGCAGUCUCGAAUCCUCUCCUGGCUUAGGUAGAGGCAGAAAAAAUUCCUUUGGUUACCGGAAGAAAAGGGAGGAGAAGUUUACAAGGAGUCAGACCCAGUCUCCAACGCCACCAAAACCUCCAUCCCCGAGUUUUGAAUUGGGGCUGUCUAACUUUCCCCCGCUGCCUGGGGCAGCAGGCCACUUGAAGACUGAGGACUUGUUUGAAAACAGGCUGUCUAGCUUGCUGCUAGGAUCAAAGGACAGGAGCCUCAAUGCAGAUGCAGGCACGAGCACUCUUCCCACAGCAACCUGCAGAGAGCCCUCAGAGCCAGUCCCCUGCACCUUGUCCGUGGCCCAUGAACGAACCCCUUCCCCCGCCCACCUGCCCGAGGACCCCAAGGUGGUGGAGAAGCCGAGGGAAGCCCCGAGUGCAGACAGACUUACUUCCACCACCGCCAGUAAAUCGGUGCAGGUGAACGGCACCACCACGGAACUGCGAAAACCCAGCUACGCCGAGAUUUGCCAGAGGACAAGUAGAGAGCCUUCGUCCUCCCCAUUGCCACCCCCAAAAGAACAAAAGCCAAACACUGUUGGUUGUGGGAAGGAAGAAAAGAAGCUGGUGGAGAGAGAGCUCCCUGCCCCCAAGUCCAACCAAGGACUACCCAGUGACCAGAGAAGGCCACCAGGCCGCCGGCCCUCACCCCCGCCUGCAGGGAAGCAUUCAUACAGAGAACAGAGCUCCCCUCCCAGGUCCCCUCAGUGA